CUGAAAAUGUUCUCCAAAAGAAUGGAAAAUCCAAAAACGUAGCCAGCUUCGUAAAUUGUCAGCAGACAUUUUCCCAUCAGAUUCGUUUUGUGUAGCAUUUCAGUUUUAUAGUUAGCUCCAAAGAGCACACUUCUCGAACAAGUUUAAUUUUCACUCGAAUAUUUUUGAGAAAUUUUUUGUGUGUCAAAAAAAAAAAUAAAAAUCAAAUAAACUAACAGAACGAAUUGUAUCCAAAUUCAACGUAUUUGCAAACAAGUACAGAAAAUUUUAUACAAUAUACAUAUAAAUUCAACGCUAGAAUAGAAGAAUAGGCAAUGAGCUCCUCGAAGAGAUUCGCAUUUAGCCAAUUGGCGCUCCAGAGUGGCAAAUCAAUGGGCACUUUCUGCCACCAUCCUCCUGGAGGAGGAGCCAUCAGUGCGGCACAGCACAGCAUAUCCAAGGAGCGACAAAUGAGUCGGCUGAGCAAAGUGAUUGGGCUGAAGAAGACGCUGGUCAAUCAGAUGCAAGGCAUGAUGCAAACGAUGCGAUCAUCACCCGUCAAACUCAAAUCCAGCACAUAUCGCAUCUAUGGGCCGACCCGACGACUCUGCUCCUCGAUGAGCAGUCUGCCGAGCAGCCGUGGCUCUGCACGCAAUUUCAGCAGCAGCAGCAGUUGCAGGCAACAGGCACAACUGACCUCGAGUGCCGAGCAGCGAUAUCAUCAUUUCGGGGAUCUCUUUGAGCGUCGCAAUGGAGACUUGGCACGCGACAUUAGUCGCUCCAUACAGGACGAUCUCAUGGUGAUCGAUUUGAAUACGAAGCGUUUGAUUAGCUGCGCCAACACCAAAAUACCAACUGACAAAUAUGAUGACUAUGACAACAGGCAGCAUCAUCAUCAUCAUCACAAUCAUCAUCAGCAUUCGAAUCCGCGUCAGCGUCAUGGCAGUCUGCCAAGCGUCACAGAGUGGAACGAGACGCGUAUGCCAAAAGCGAUGGAUGCCAUGGAUACGAUAUCGAAGCAAAUGAAACCGUUGCGUCGCAAGUUGACCAACAUACGCCUGAAGGAUAACGCCAUAUUGCCAAAUGCUGGCCAACAGUUUGCCCAACCCAAUCAGCAGAGCCGCAAGCUGCAGAUGCAGUUGGGUGAGCUCUAUGCAAAUUCGAUCAGGCAACGCAAUCACAAAACAAUCUCGAAAAAUCUCAAAUCAAACACUGCAAUCAAACAACAAAUCACAAAUCACGCUGAACGUGAGUUGGACAUGGCAACAGCAACAGCAGCAGCAGCUUCUGGCACCGGUCAGAGAUCUGGCAAGAGCAGUCGGAUGGACGAGGUGCAUUAUCAGAGCAAAAAAUCGGCCAAUUUGAUGAGCGCCUCACAGCGUGUGAUAAACAAGCAAUUUGAGGGCUAUCGUGAGGCCAACAAAUCGAAGCUGAUUGUCCAGGCGGUCAGUCCGACUCCGUUGAGCAAGGCCAUCCAGCCACCGCCGACGACGCGGACACGGCUCAUCACAAUGGGACAAACCGUGCCCAAAGCUAAAGAGUUGUCCAAGUCGACGGAGCACGUCAAGAAGGAGAAUAACUGGUACAAAUCGAAGGCACACAACAAUGUGCUGGAGAUGGCCAAAUCAGUGGAGAUAACCAAAAAACUAGAGAAAUCCAGGCAAGCGGCAAGCCUAAGCACAUUUAGUCGUCGCAACUUUGAGCAAAAGCGUGGCAGAAGCGAACAGAAGGAAGAGCAAUCCUCACAACAACUCCCAAUUCAAAUGGGCGAAAUGCGCGAAUUGGCCAAACCCGAGGAGAAACGAGACAAUUCCAACGCAGAGCUCAAGAUGCCGUCCCAAUAUACCAAAGAAUCGGCGGUGCAGCAACUGGGAAAUGUGGCCGAGAAGCGGCCAAUUCACAUCUAUUCAAAGCAACGAAUGUUUUAAAACAGAGAGAGAGAAAGAGACAAGUGCGUGUCAAAGGUCAACUGAGGGGGGCCAAUGGCCAAAACUGUGUGUGUUCCCCUCCAACAACGCCUUCGUCUUCGGCUUCGUUUAGGUCGCAAAUUUUGUUUAGCUAACCAAAAUUCAGUGCAAUUCCAUUUACCAAACCUAAAUUUGAUCUCAGUAAAUGUACCAAAUAUAUAUGUAACUAUUA